GUUUUUCAAAUGUGAAUAUGCGCUUAUUUCACAUUUUCACAUCAGCGGAGAUGCGCGGGCCAAAAUAUCAAAUAGUUUCCGUAGUCUGAUUGACAGAAAGUGAAUAGCAUUCGCAUAUGUAAUGGUAAAUUAUCGUAAACAUGUUUCUGUGUCAUGCAUUGGGUGAUCUUCUGCAUGACAGCCAUAUCUGUGUUCGGAGAAUUGCAUUCAUAUGAUGGAACUGAAGUAGACACUACAGAUUACGAGUACACUGCAUAUGAUGCCGAGCUUAAAAGACCUGCCAUUGCAAGUCAUAGGGUUGUAAGAAAAACGAACGAAAAACACGAGACACAUGUCACUCAUAGACAGGUUGAAUUGAUUUUGACGGAGCCAACUAUUGCAACGACGACAAACGAAGAACGGAAACUAAGAUAUAAUGAAAAGGUCUAUCUACCUGAAGUUCGAGGGGUUGAAAAUACAACCUCUGAGCCUCAUCAAGUAUUCAAGAACAAUAUAUCGAUUGCGCUCAUGGCGGCGGCUAAAAGUUACCAGAAAGACGCAUGGGAUCGCAUCUGUCAACCACUGACAGGCACUGCUCACCCGGACGGGCCACUGGAUUAUUUUGACGCUAUACAGGCCAUGCGUCCACCGAACUUGUUCCCUGCUGAUGACGAAGGUCCAGCAAGCAUCAAAUUCUUUGAUGAGAAGCGAUAUCCUGUGAAAGAGCGAAAAAUGCUGUCAACUAUGAAAAAUUUUCUCAAGUGUCUGCUUUCUGUAAUAUCGCAUGUCGCUGAGGACUCUAAGCGGCGCAAGAUGACUAGAAUGUUCUACACCAGCAUGAUCGGAUGGCUCAAAGAUUCGCUCCUAAUCGAUAUGUACGCACUUCCUGAGCGGCCAGACGAUUCGAUCAUCGGCAUUGAAGACACUGUUGAAGCCCUUGUCUAUAUGAGGAACAAGCACUUUGUUCCUGCUGUUGCAAAGGAGGCCCUGAAAACAUACGAGUUUGUCAGCGUCGGCAGUGAUGAUGACCGCGGAGAGCAGGAGCGAGAGCGCGGCUUCCAGGUGACCACGGCCAUCAUGAUCACGGUCGGCGUGGCGCUGGUGUUUGUGCUCGUGUUGCUGGCCGCCUGUGUGGCCGCUGCUCUCAGCUCACCGGCGCUGCAGGAGAUCGGAGAGCUGCCCGAGGACUUCCUGCCGCUCGACUACCGCCCGUCGCAGCUGAUGGACAGGACCGGCCGUCGAGAGAGUCUGACCCGCUCCAGCGGCCCCCGGGUAGCCGUGCCCGCCGGCUACGACCAGCAGGUCAGGAAACUCUCCGAGCUGCCCGACUCCGACAUUGGCGACAAGGUUCGCCGGACGUCGAUGGAGGCCACCCAGGAGCAGAUGACCCCGCUGCUGGGCAGUGAAAGUGGCUACUCAAACGGUCUAGGUGGCAGCACGAGUCUGUCACGAUAUAGUAUAGGUGACAGCACCCGGUGAUAGCAGAGGAUUGUCGACUGUGUGCAGUUGCUAUGUUUAUGUCUUUUUUGAAUGAAUAUGUUGGUCUGAGAAAAGAUUAAAAACAUUCUUAUCGA